ACUCGUCUUCUCUCUUUACCUUUCGCAACGAUCUGAGAUGCCCCCUGUCUGCUGCUUUGCGCCGCUCUUUUGAACUAAUCUCGCGCCCUUUUAAUUUGCCGCAAAUUUGAUCUUUCUGAGAAUGCUAGUACGUGCAAAUUAUGCCACCUUGCGUGCAUGAACACAUUCUACAACAUUACACAGAUGCUGACUUGUGUGUGGAGUGGGGAAGUAUGUUGAGUGGAUCCGAAGCAAAAGAGGAGGAAAAAGGUUGAGUCGGCUGGGGGAUCCUCCCCGCUUCUCUCUGGGCAGCGGCUAGCAAGCAAAGCAUCUGUGCCAAGACUGCCAAAGGAGAAAAGAACCUCAAACCCACCAACGAAUCCAAUCAUUUCCAUGCCCUGCCUCUGCCUCUGCCUCAGUGUAUACCAAACACUAAAGCUCACUCGUCCCUCACUAUUUCACUUCACUGGAUUCUGCUAGUAGCUUUGCUGCAUUUGCAAUGCCUCCUCCUUUAACCUUUAACCUUUUCACAGCCAUGCUUCAUGGCUAUAUCAACAGCCCCAGCUCCAUUCCCCUCAUUGCACAGAAACGCCGGCCAUGGGGGAAUGCAAGAGCUCCCGACGCCCCUCGCGCCCUCUCCUCCUCUCCGCCAUUGUUAUUGUGCUCGCCUUCUUUGUCGCGCAAUGCGGAGCGAGGGUGCUGACGGUGGACGAGCUGCUGGACCAGUACUCCGAGUCCGACCACCACUCGGCCUCCCCGCCUCCGGGCUCCCCCGGCUGCGCCCCGGAGCCGGAAGCGUCGCCGCCGCCCGUCAUCCCGGCGCCCUCCUUCGCCUACCUGUCGCCCCCGCCGCCCAUGCAGUUCUACUCCCCUCCGCCGCCGGAGGUCACGCCCAGCCCGCCUGAGGUCACGCCGAGCCCGCCGGAGGUCGCGCCCAGCCCGCCGGAGAUCGCGCCACUGCCGCCGGUCGUCGCGCCUAGCCCGCCUGAGAUAGCGCCACUGCCGCCGGUGGUCGCGCCCAGCCCGCCGGAGAUCGCGCCAAUGCCGCCGGUGGUCGCGCCCAGUCCGCCCGAGAUAGCACCACUGCCGCCGGUCGUCGCGCCCAGCCCGCCGGACAUCGAGCCGUUCCCGAGCCCUCCGGAGGUGACGCCGCUGCCCCCGAUAGUGUACCCGAGUCCACCGGAGGUUGCGCCCAGUCCACCGGAGGUCGCACCGCUCCCGGGGCCACCAGAGGUCACGCCCAGCCCGCCGGAGGUCGCGCCGUUCCCAGGGCCACCAGAGGUCACGCCCAGCCCACCGGACGUGACGCCAUUCCCUGGGCCACCGGAGGUCGCGCCCAGCCCGCCGGAAGUCGAGCCGUUCCCGGGCCCACCGGAGGUGACUCCCAGCCCACCCGAGGUCACGCCGUUCCCGGGGCCACCGGAGGUGACUCCCAGCCCGCCGGAGGUCACGCCGUUCCCAAGCCCGCCGGAGGUGACCCCCAGCCCGCCAGACUACGCGCCGUACCCGCCUCCGGAGUCCUCGCCGGGGUCGGGGUCGGGAUCGGGGUCCUCCCCGAGCCCGCCGGGGGGCAGCUUCCAGCCGCCGGUGGUGCUCCCGCCGACGACCGGGCCGCCGUCGCCGUCGGCGGGGCACGCCGAGUGGUGCGUGGCGAAGCCGUCGGUGCCGGCGGCGAUCGUGCAGCAGGCCAUGGACUACGCGUGCGCGUCGGGCGCCGACUGCGAGUCCCUCCAGGCGGACGGCGCCUGCUUCAAGCCGGACACCAUGACGUCCCACGCCUCUUACGCCUUCAACAGCUACUGGCAGCGCGCCAAGUCCACCGGCGCCACCUGCGACUUCGGCGGCACCGCCAUGCUCAUCACCAAGGACCCGAGUAAGCCACAUCAUCUCACCUCCUUCAACCCCAUUGCCAUCUUCCAUUCUUCUUCGCUCUUCUUGUGAUUGACUGAUGUUGUAGCCACUAAUUUCUUGCUUUCCUCAUCUUCCUUUCCAGGCUAUGAUAACUGCCAUUACAGUGUGAUGUGAAGAGCAAACAACCUCCCCACAGAUGCAACAGAUGCCAUGAAUGGUGUAUGAUUUUGGAAGCUGGACACCAUUUUCUGCUCAAGUUCAGAGGAAGUAGUGCAGAUAUACAUACAGAUAUAUAUACAUGCAUGUAGGCUGUUUUGAAUGUGAGCAUGUUCAUUUUGUGAAUGUACCCAUCUAACUUUUGCUUCCUUUUGACUCAUAUUAUUUUGUAUAAUUCUGAAUAAUGCUAUAUGUAAUGUAAUUUUCCAUCUUAAUGAAUUUCAUGAUGGCGA